AUGAAAUUUGGCUUAGAUCAUUUUCUGUUUUCUUCUUUCUUUCUUUUUUUCUUUCUUUCUGUCUUUUUUUCUCUGUUCGUUCUUUUUUACGUUCUUUCUUUUUUCGUUCUUUCUUUUCUUCGUUCCUUCUUUCUUUAUUUCUUUCUGUCUUCGUUCUUUUUUACGAUUUUUCUUUUCGUAGUUCGUUUUUCUUUCUUUUCUUCGUUCUUCCUUUCUUCUUUCUUUCUUACAUUCUUUCUUUGUCCAUUCUUUCUUUCUUUCUUUCUUUCUUUCUUUCUUUCUUUCUUUCUUUCUUUCUUACAUUCUUUCUUUGUCCAUUCUUUCUUUCUUUCUUUCUUUCUUUCUUUCUUUCUUUCUUUCUUUCUUUCUUUCUUUCUUUUCUUCGUUCUUCCUUUCUUCUUUCUUUCUUACAUUCUUUCUUUGUCCAUUCUUUCUUUGUCCAUUCUUUCUUUCUUUCUUUCUUUCUUUCUUUCUUUCUUUCUUUUCUUCGUUCUUCCUUUCUUCUUUCUUUCUUACAUUCUUUCUUUGUCCAUUCGUUCUUUCUUUCUUUCUUUCUUUCUUUGUUCAUUGCUUCUUUCUUCGUUCUUACGUUCUUUCUUUCUUUUAAAGGGAACGAGAUUAGAUCGAUCAUUCUUUUGA